AUGGGCUGCUCGGUCUCGGGCGCCGCCGCAGCGACGGCCGUUUUCGUCGCGCACGCUGAGGCCAUCCGCCUCGGCAGCAGCAGCAGCGCUAGCGCCAGCGGCAGCGGCACCACCAGCAGCCAUUCCUCCGCAGCGAACUCGUUCCAUCGGAUGAGCACGGACGCUGUGGCGACCGUUGCCUCUUUUGACGACGGGGAGGUGGUGACAUCACUUUCUGGGAAGAUCAGAGGCAUCAAGGCGGCGGACGGCCUCGGCGCUGAUCUGGUCCAGAACCUGCCCCUCCAGCUGCCGGGCCACCACCGCCACUUCGCCCCUGCCGCGGCCCACAAGCCACCAUGGCAGCUGGAGACGCAACGCGACGCCGAGGAGCCUGCCGGCGAGCCGCCGCGGCAGCGCGCGACCCAUGCCCCCGACCCGCAGCGGCGGCCGCCGGAGCGCAUGUCGUUCGACGAGGCGAGGCAGCAGCAGGAGCGGAUCGGCAGGCGGCUGAGUGAGCUGCAGGCCCAGCAGGAGGCGCUGCAGGCGGAAGCGAAGCAGCGCGAAGAGGAACUCCUGCGCCAGCAGCAGCUGCUGCUGCAGCAGGCCGAGGCGCUGAGGCUGCAGCACGCAGCCGCCGCUGCGGCCGCCGCCGCCGCGGCGGAGGCGGAGGCGGCCGAUGCGCGCUCUGCGCUCGUGUGCGGCGCGCCGGGCGCCGGGCCGUUCCAGACGAGCAUGGCGCAGUCGGCGCCCUGCAACCUGGCGCCCAAGGCGCUGCGCCAGCAGAUGCUCGCGCUGCGCCGCAACGGCAGCGGCGUGUCACUCGCGCCGCAGGACCCGGAGUCGCCGACAUAUGCCGACGCGGCCGGACUCCGUGUGCUCGGCCGCUCGCCGCCGGUGACGUUCGGCGUGCGGCGCGGCGGCGGCAUGGGCAUGGGCGGCGGGGGCGCGGGCGGCGUCCGGGGCCCGCGCGGCGGCGGCAGGCUCAGGGAGCGGCGCGGCGGGCUGCAUGGCAGCUUUGGCGACCUGCAGGCUGCGCUGCCCACCGAGGCCGAGGCUCUCAGCAUCGUCAGCACGCGGGCAGCCGGACUCAAGCACAUCGGCUUUGGGCCCUUCAAGCGCGAGAACCAGGACGAAUUUUUCAUCCAGGUCGGACACUAUGGCGGCCAGCCCGGCGCCAACCUGUUUUGUGUCUUCGACGGCCACGGACCGUAUGGGAAGGACGCCGCUGCAGCUUCGCGGCAGCUGCUGCCGACACUCCUGGACAAGGAGCUCAAGAGCUUCUAUAAGCGCAACCCCGGCGCGGCGCACUCUGAGAUGGCGGAGGCGACGCGCAGCGCCGUGGAUGUGUUGAUGAACGAGGUGUUUGCUGAGACAGAGAGGAGCCUUGGGCUGUCUGGCGUCAACCUGACCUUCAGCGGCACCACUGCAUCGGUGGCUUAUCAGCUGGGCAACCGCCUGUGGGUGGCCUCAGCCGGCGACAGCCGCGCCAUCCUAUGCUCCUGCGCCGCCCCUGGUUCCACCAAGCUCAUCGCGCGCCCGCUGACGCUCGACCACCGCCCCCGCCGCCUGUCCGAGCGCCUCCGCGUCGAGGCCGCCGGCGGGCGCGUGCAGCCGAAGCAGCUGCCCAGCGGGCGGCUGGUGGGGGAGCCGAGGGUCUGGCUGCAGCAGGUCGCAGCCCCAGGGCUGCUGCUGUCCAGAUCACUGGGAGAUCUGAUGGCGGCAACUGUCGGCUGCACCUCGGAGCCCGAGAUAUCUUAUGUGACGCUCGAGCCGGAGAGGGACCAGUUUGUGGUGCUGGCGUCGGACGGCGUUUGGGACGUUCUUACCAACGAGCAGGUCUGCGACAUUGUGGCGGAGUCGCCCGACCCCCAUGUGGCCUGCCGGCGCGUUCUGGACUCUGCGCUGUACGAGUGGGAGGAGAAGAUGAGCGCCGACAACAUCACCGUGCUGGUGGUUGAGCUCGACUGGCGCUGGGUGGUGCAGGACCUGCCGCUGGGCGCCGGCGGGGGCUCCGAGGCCGCCGUGGCCGUCCCUAUGAUGCACGAGAGCGGCAAGCACGCGCUGAUUUCGGGGGACCACCUGCCGGCCAUCCAGGAGGGGCACUGCCCCGGCGACGGCGACGCGGCCGGCGCGGCCGGCUGGUGA